AUGGGUGAGGACAGAAUGAAUGAGAAAGAUCUAGAGGCUAUAAGAAGAGCCAAGAAAUCACUACUAGUUAGGGAAGAUAUGGGCACUGUGGGCAAGGCCAAAGUUGAAGAGCAAGCUAUGCAUGAGGAUCAGAAUGACAGAAAGAUGCCUACCAGAUUCAGAAAACAAAGUGAACAUCUUGAGCAUGCUAUUGAUCGAGUUCUUGACGUGAUAUCGGAAAGAAGAAGGGCACGCAUUCUACAUGGCACUAAUGAGCAUCCACCUCAUAACAUUCUUACAGCUGCUCUUGAACUGAUUAAUGUGGUCAGGAUGAUACUAAACAUUCUGGAAAGGCCUCCACUUGACUGCAUGUCAGAAUUUUCCAGUCUGAAAAACCACCUCAUUAAACAUAUUACAUUACUGAAACAUUUGUCUGAACAGUCUGAUCUCAACAAUGAAAUGGAAUCUGAUAUAAUAGGUGUGUGCAAGGAUAUGACUAAAAUGUGUCAUUAUAUAAUUGCUCUGCCACCUGAACUUACAGGACCAGAAGAGAUGCCACCUAGGGUGCAAGUGCCAGUUGCCACUGACCGUGAAGCAAUGAGUUUCUCAGUGGAACAUGGACCUGGCUAUGUGCCUCCAACUCGACAUCUAUCGUUGCCAAUAACUGUAACAAGUUCAUCAAGUGAACAUGCAUUUCCCCUUCAAGCUAUGUGCCUUCAAAAUAAAAUAGUACCUUACAGAUCUGAAUAUUCUUCUCCAGAAAGGCUCAACACUCCAAGUCAUGAAGAAGUAGUUAUGAUGCCACAUGAUGAGGAAAAUAAAUCUGAAACAGAAGUUUCUGAUUCCAGAGGUUCUGACACUUUAGUUGGCUCUUUGGACUAUAAUAUUCUUCAAGACCUACUAAUAAUUGAAAGUGUCUCCCCCCUGCCUGAUUCUGGUUCUGAAAAAUGUGUGAUUGAUUCUGACUCUGAUAGAGGCAUUGGUUUGGACUAUGACUUAGAAAAACAAUGGAAAGACUCUGACUCUGUAAUAUGGGGAAUGGACUCAGACUCAGAAACAUGUCCCAUGGGCUCAGACUCUGUGAAACACCUGCUAGAAGCAGAAAAAUACCAGAUGGCUUCUGGUUCUGUGCAAGACCUGAUGGAGUCAGAGCAACACCUAGUGGGAGUUGAACAAUUCCAAGUGGACUCUGACUCUCUGAAAUACUGGAUGGACUCAGAUUCAGAAAAAUGCUUGGCAGACUCUGACUCUGAAAAAUAUUUGACGGACUCUGACAAUGAAAGACCUGAGAUAGACUCAGACUCAGAAAAAUGCCCCAUAGCUUCUGCAUCUGUGAAACACCUGCUGAAGGCAGAAAAAUGCCAAAUGGCCUCAGAUUCUAUAAAACGCCUGAUGGAAUCCGAAAAAAGAUUGAUGGAGAUUAAACAACACUGUAUGCUCUCUGAUUCUGAGGAGUAUUCAGUGGACUCAGACAUGGGAAAGGAUAAAAUGGCCUCAGCUUCUGCAUCUGGGGUACAUCUGAUUCAGAAAGAAAAAUACCAGAAGACUAGAUCUAAGAGAUAUACAAUGGACACGGACGCUGAACCAUGUGGGAUGGACUCAGACUCAGAAAGACAUGCACUAGCCACAGCAGCUGCAAAAUGUCUCAUGGGUACCAAAACAUACCAGUUGAGCACUGACACUGAGGGGCACUGGAUGGAACCUUCGUCUGAAAGGCGCACGAUGGACUUAGAUUCUGAAAGCCUAGGGAUGGCCUCUGAUCCUGUGAAACACAUGAUAAAAGCUAAAAGUUGCCAGAGUAAACCUGAAUUGGAAAGAUUCUGGAUGGACCGCAGGUCUGAAUCUGAAAAAUCCUUGACUGACUCUGAAAAACAACAGUUGGACUUUGACUAUGACAGAUGCAGGGAUAGCUCUAGAAGAUAUCAACAUAGAUCUGCAAGAUUUCAGGGUAGCUCUGAAACAUGUCAGGUUGACUUUCAAAGAAAUUGGGAUAAUUUGGAAAGACAUCAAAUAGACUCUGAUUCUAAAAAACAUCGAGCAAAUUCUGAAAAUGAAAAAUAUCAAAAUGAGUUUGAAAGUGAAAGACGCAUGAUGGAGAUGGGGAGAGAACAGUGUUUGAUGCAAUUUGAAAAUGACAGACUUCAAAUGGAUGAAGAGCAAGAAAAAUAUAACAUAGAUUCUGACAGUGAAAAAGAGCACCAGAUUACAUCCGACAGUGAAAGAUACCACCUUGACUCAGAAAAUGAAGCACAACGGCUUGGUGCUCGCAAAAAGGAUAAUCGUCCACAUGGUUUUUGGAGGCCUAUUUUCCUGUCACCUCCAUUUGGUAAAGCAAAGAAAACUGAAGAAAAACACUCUGUGCAACAAACUGGUAACAAAGUUUCCAGAAUUCAACAUGUAAGACACCUGAGUGAUGAAAAAAUUGUGAGAUGGAAAGAGGUAGCUCCAACUCUCAGUAACAAGCAAGACUCACAACAAAAGUUAAAGAAAAAGCACAGCCACCUUUCUCCAGACCCAAACACAUUAGUGGAUAGCAGGCAUCAAAGAAAUGCUAGCCACAAAAUUUCUGUCUGUAAGAAUCAUUACAAAAAAUAUAAAUCCCUACAGAGUCUUCAGAGUUCUGGGUCUCAAAUUAAUCUCCUAAAUCCUGAGAAUUACACCACUGAAGUUUCAACAUCCGACUGCCACCCUACCUCCAUGAGCCCUUGGUCUGCUGUACGCCCCAAGACUCACAGAUAUUCCUCAGACACUAGAGCUACAAUGUGUUCCAAAUGUUUCAAGGAAAUCAAUAAUUCUCAUUUUCAUAAAUGUCUUGUGGAUUCUGAUAGUGAUUCAGACCCUGACUGCCCUUCACUUCUCCAAAUUCCCAUGGGUUCUAAAUAUUGUUUGAGCCCCAAAUCUAUUAGACACCGUAAGACUUCUCGGAACAGCCCUUUAUCUAGAUCCUUGGAUCCUAAGCAUCCAGUGGGGAUUCGCUGUCCUCUACACCGAAGGGACUCUAAAUAUUCCUUGGGUUCAACUUCGUAUUUACAUUGUGAAAGUUGCUCAGCUCUCCAAAAUCUCAUAGGCUCUACUGUUACCUGUACCUUUCCCAUGAAUCCUCAAAAUACCGUGUGUCACCAUAGUACCCCUGGCCCAGACAAUAUCAGCAAUGUUGUUGUCCUUGAAAGUGAAGACCAAUUUAACCUUACUAAACAACUUGAAAACAAGGCCAAUCCUGAUAAUGAGACUAAACUGGUCAGUGCUGACAAUCUCAAAAGUGAAGCCAGUGCCAAAGACAAGCCUAGUCUCAAAGAUGAGAGAGACCAUGAAGAUGAGACAGACUCUGAAGACGAGACAGACUCUGAAGAUGAGGAAGAUCCUGACGAUGAAAAAAACACCAAAGAUAAGAAGGAUCCCAAAGAUAAGUCCGACCCUGAUAAUACUGAUCCCAAAGAUAGCAAUGCUGAAAAUGAUGCAGACACAAACAAUGGAUCUGAUUCCAGUGGUGAUGCUGACCCUACAAGUGGAGCUGAUCACAACAGUGAUGGUGACUCUAAUAAUGGAAGUGACUCCAACACUAGAUCUGACUCUACCAUUGAUAAAGGCACUAACAAUGAUGCUAACUCCAAAUAUAGCACUGAUUCUGAGAACAAAUACACCAACAAUUCAGACAAUGUCUGUGGCCUAAACAAUGAUGUUUAUCAGGACUGUACUGCUGGCUUCAACAAUGGCACUAAUCCAAACCACACUUCUGUGCUGGAAAAUGGAAUUGGCGUGCACUAUAUUUCUAGUUACAACAAUGAUACCGGCCUCAGUAAUGCCACUAUGUCAGGCAAUGGCAUUUGCUCCAACAAUGGUACUGGCACCACCAAUGAAGCUGGCCCCAACAACAAUAGGCCUGGCCCUAACUUAAAUGGAUCUGGCCUCCAAAACAAUGGCCUUAACCCCAACAACAGCCCUGUCCUCAACAAUAAUAUCCCUGUCCUUAAAAAAGACCCAGAUUCUAAUAAUAAUGCCAGACCUAGUCAUGCUACUAGUCACAAUAUUGCUUUUAGUUCUAACAAGAAUGCUGAUUCCAACUAUGAUACAAAACCAACCAGUAUUACUGGCCACAACUAUUUAGCUGUCCCAAACUAUUACUCAUACCUUGACUACAUUCCAAGAUUUGCCCAUGCACUAGAUUCUAGCUUUGUUGUCAAUCCCAACUAUAUUGCCAAAACCAGCUAUGCUGCCAGGACCAGCUCUACCACUAGCAAUGUCAAUAUCACUGACACCAGCAACACCACUAGUUGUGGUGGUUCUGUUACUCCUAGCUAUAUUGCGUGCACAAGCUUUGCUUCAGACGCUAACCAUGAGACUAGAUUCACUCAUGUCAUUGGCUCCAACUUUGUCGUCAACCCUAAUUAUAAUGCCAUAAAUACUGUUAAUGUUCAUAAUUGCACUAGUACCAGCAAAAUUAAUAAUCUCUCCGAGCCUAAAUUGGAAAUUGGUUCCAGUUCUUUUAUUCCUAAUAUUGUUUAUGGUAGCACCCCCACUUUUGCUGCUAGCACUAACCAUACUUCCACUUCUGAAAAUUUGACCACCUCGACAUUUUCUGAUUCAUAUAAGUUUGGUGGAAAUUAUACAAUUAUUGAUUACCACAAAUUUGAUGUCUGCUCCAAAGGCAAUGAUAGCUCUGUGGAUUUCACUAUCUUUAUGCAUACCACUGAGUCCAAAGAUGUUCUCGAUGCCAAUGAAUCUGGCCUUUUAAAAGAUUUCUCUAACAUCAAGGAUCCUGCCAGUUUAAACUUUCACUCCAAAUCAAACAUUCUGCUCCUGAGUUUCGAUAUUAUAGUAGAAGCUGAACAACCAGAUGUUGUGAAGUGUGCAAUAUCGUCAGGUGCUGUGAAUCAAUUUUUUAAGUGGAAGAUAUGUUUUCUGGGGAUUUUCAAUCUAAGAUACAACAAAACCAUCUCCUAUCCAAAGAUACAAGCAACUUGCUCAAGCUCAACCUCCAGAGAGGUAGCAGACAAAACCUUGGCCAUUGGUCAAUGAAAAGAAUACCUUGAGAUGGAAAAUACAAAGGCACAACCAAGAAGGUUUUGAGGAUAUGAGCAAAUAACUUCGAAAAUUUUCAGAGAUCUCUGAGCAAUGUUUAUUAUAUGUUCAUUGUCACCUCUUCUCCCCAUUAUGUGACCAUGCCUUUAUUAUUUAUUGGGACCUACAAUGUUGGCCAUGUGAAAAUUGCCCCAUUCAUAUUAUUUGCUCUGGCAGAAUCGGGAAUUAAGAAAAGGACACACUGGUCCUUUCUAGAAACCAUAUAAAAAUU